UUUGUCGCUGUCGGUUUUAAAGAAAAACCUCAAUCCUAAUUGAAUUCAAGAGCAACUCUUGAAGUAAACAAAAUCGCAAACCGCUCACGGUUCGGUACUGACGUGUGCGCGUUCACCCCGUUUUAACGGACAAUCGUAUAGGCUACACGAAAUUCGUUUUCGAACUCACUCAUAUUAAAAAGCUACUAUUUGGAGCUACAGCAGCAGUUUACAUUGUCACUAACCUCAGCGAAAAUGUUCCGUUUAUUCCUUUUAAGCACCUUAGUUGCCAUUGCCGCGAGUCAGGGUUACAAUCAAAAUCCCAAGACAGCGGCUAUUAUUAGUGAACAACGUUACCUUGCCGGUGAUGGCAAAUUCGGUGCUGCCUAUACACAAGAGGAUGGCAUUAAUUUCAAGGAGGAAACCGAUGCCGAUGGUACACGUCACGGUAGCUACAGUUAUGUAGAUCCUACAGGCGAGCGUCGUACAAUUUCCUACACUGCUGGCAAAAAUGGUUUCCAAGCCAGCGGUGAUCACUUGCCCGUACCACCACCAGCUCCACCACAACCCGUGCCACAGCCAGGCUAUGCACCACAGCCACAAUACCAGCCACCAGCACAGUCGGGCGGUUACCGCAGCAACGACUACGAUGACGGUUCGUACGAUCCACGUUACAACGAUCCCGGUUUCGGUCAGCAACAAGGUGGCUAUCAGGCACCACAACCGCAAUAUCAGCCACCAGCACCCGCCUACAAUCCACCACCACAACAGCCAGCCUAUAAUCCACCGGCGCCACAAUACAACAGCUACCAAGCACAGCCACAACAACAACCCUACUAUCAACAGACCACACCCAAUCCACACCGCUUUGCACCACCCGGCAAAUUGUCGCUGAAUCGCACACCAGACGGCUUCAGCUACAGCUUCAACAAGGUCUAAGCGGCGAUCUCUGUGCUUAGGUAUGUGGGUGUUGGGGCGGUCAAGCAUGGCAGAGGCGGGGGUAAACGCAGAAGGAAGAAAUAAAAGAAAAAAAUAUGGAUGUGAGCGUAAACACUAACUGAGCUACCUAUAACUAAACGCUAAGUGCGCUGCGUCUGGCGUUGCAGCUGUGCGGCACAGCGCGCUAAGCUUGCAUUUCUGUCUUCUCGAACUACUCGAACUACUAGCGAUUUCUCAUACAACUUAUUCCUAUCGUUUCGUUUCAAAUUCUGCAUGCUUUGGUUUGUUUCACUUUCAUUUCAUUUUG